GUUUUUGCUAACCCUAAUCAUGGCCUUGACAGUUGACGCGAUUGUUUAUCAAUGAAAACGAAAGGAUGAAAUUAAUCUGGCUGGAUCAUUUAUCUGUUUUAUUACAAUAUUCAUGUUAUCAUGGGGUUUAUUGCCCGGAAAUGGGUCCACUGCCAAAGGGUACCCGUACGGCCCACAUUAAGGCUAGUCAUGGCCCAGACACCAAUAUGUUGAAGUUUUAUGUCACACAGAACUCUACAACAUAUGGGAAGCACUACGAGAACUAUAAGCCACGUUCAGGCCACCAUACAGGAACAGGAUAUUUGUCAAAUUUCCGCCCUGCUGUCUAUUAUAACCAAAGACUUGACAGCCAAGAUAACCCCACAUUAGCUCGAAUUUGUGCCCAGAACUACCGCAGCCUAACAAGUAUUGACUUUCAACCAUCCAGAGAAAACCAGGGGCAUGAACCUCUGCCUUUUAGCUGCCAUCAGGUUGGCUCAGGAUUUGUUCGACAGAAGCCCAUAACCACACCACUGGAACGAGAGGUGAAGGGUGUCUUCAUUGACACGCGGGCUGCCUCGGCGCCUGCGAGCAUUCUCCCAAAGGCCAAACCUCUGCUGCAUUCCCUGAGGGCUAAAGACCCUGUGGAACUGGAGAACUCAGGAUAUGGUCCGAAGUACAUGUUGUCAGAAACCAAGCAGAGAUUUCUAGGAGCUCAGCCUGACAGAAAUGGAGUUAGUUAUUACCAUGGUAAACUUGAAUAAUUAAUUAGCUGAUUAUUAGUUUUAUAUGUGUAGA